AAAAAUCUAGCACUUUCCCACUUAUACUCUCCCACUCUCUCUCUCUACUCUCUACUCUUUUCUCCUGGUAUAAAAGGACAACCAAAAAUAAUGGCGGUUGUGUUGAUUGAUUGGAGCUGAGUAAAGGCUAAAGCUUUUCCAGUAUUACCACCACCACCCAUCACCACUUCACCACCACCACCACCACCACCACCAGCUCCUCCGUAUCCAUUUGUACUCAUUUCUGCAUCAUCACUACAUAUUCUAUAACUUUAGUUCUUACCAACUGUCAUGCAUGUUAUGCUCCAAGCCAAGAUCAUAUGGUGAUAUAGCUUUUUGGUUGAUAUGAAAAGGUUUGGCUUUCGCGCUGACUGACUCUUUCUACGUUAGAGUGGUUUGGAAUUUGUGUGCUGAGAUCUGGGCCUUUUGAGGGGUUCAUUGUGAGGUGAUAUUUUCGGGUGUUGGAGGGUGAGAUCUGGUGGGAUUGUGGCGCUUUUUGAUGGGUUUGUGCUGAAAUAGUUGGGGUGUUGAAAUUGGGGUAAUUGGGCUUUUGGUGCUUUCGUAUAUUUUGAGGUUUUUGAAGAGGUAAAGCGAGUUGUGGGUGGUCUCUUUUCAGCGUUUCUUUUCGAGUCUUCUGAGCUGGAAUGAGACGACCACUUUGUUGAAACUUGUGGCAUGAAGUUUUUUCGAGAUUGGAAACUUUGUUGGGGGUUGCGGGCGAAGAAGAUCGCAAGCGGAUGAGGCUGAAAUCGAUUGUGUUUUGUGGUGAAACCGGCUUCGGUUGAAGAUUCGGUAUUGGGUUUUUUUUUGAGGUUGCACUUCUGUGUCCCUCUAAUGGUUGUUGGAUACUCAUUAUUUGUCUUUCUAAUGCAUAUUUUCUAGUGGGUAGGUGGUGCUUAAAUAUAGCAAAACCCUCAAGCUAGAUAAAGUGCAUUUAGAUUUUGACCGUGGCUUUGGGUUGUCCAAGGAGAGGCAAAAGAAACGGUAUGGUAUUGGUCAGUGAGAGGGGAAUACACGAUUUUGCUCUCUUUUGUGGGUCUACUGUUGCUGUGAGGCUCUCGGUGCUUCAUUGCUGUGGUUGAAGAGUGGUUUUUGGGUCUUCUUCUUGUGGCUCCAACUGUAGAAUCUGCAGAGAUGAGGUUGUCUCCUGCUGGGUUCACACACCAGACCCAGGAAGGGGAGAAGAGAUGUCUGAAUUCUGAACUUUGGCAUGCAUGUGCGGGCCCUCUUGUUUCCCUACCUGCUGUUGGAAGCAGAGUGGUUUAUUUUCCACAAGGUCAUAGUGAGCAGGUUGCUGCAUCAACGAACAAGGAAGUGGAUGCUCAUAUCCCUAACUAUCCUAGCUUACCCCCACAACUUAUCUGUCAGCUUCACAAUGUGACCAUGCAUGCAGAUGUGGAGACGGAUGAAGUAUAUGCGCAGAUGACGUUACAACCAUUGAGUCCACAAGAGCAAAAGGAUGCGUACCUCCCAGCAGAGUUGGGUGUGCCCAGCAAACAGCCAUCGAAUUAUUUCUGUAAAACAUUGACAGCUAGUGACACAAGUACACAUGGAGGCUUCUCUGUUCCUCGCCGAGCAGCUGAAAAAGUGUUUCCUCCUUUGGACUUUUCACAGCAGCCUCCAGCCCAAGAGUUAAUUGCAAGGGAUCUUCAUGAUAAUGAAUGGAAAUUUAGGCAUAUAUUUCGAGGUCAGCCCAAAAGGCAUCUUCUUACAACAGGUUGGAGUGUAUUUGUAAGUGCAAAAAGACUUGUUGCUGGGGAUUCGGUUCUUUUUAUCUGGAAUGAGAAGAAUCAGUUACUACUUGGUAUCCGGCGUGCUAAUCGACCACAAACUGUUAUGCCAUCAUCGGUUUUAUCAAGUGAUAGCAUGCACUUAGGGCUUUUGGCUGCUGCAGCUCAUGCAGCUGCAACAAAUAGCCGUUUCACUAUAUUUUAUAAUCCAAGGGCUAGCCCAUCUGAAUUUGUCAUACCAUUGGCCAAGUAUGCUAAAGCAGUCUAUCAUACACGUGUUUCUGUUGGCAUGCGCUUUCGGAUGCUGUUUGAAACUGAAGAAUCAAGUGUCCGUCGCUACAUGGGCACGAUAACUGGCAUAAGCGAUUUAGAUCCUGUUCGGUGGCCAAACUCCCAUUGGCGCUCAGUGAAGGUGGGCUGGGAUGAGUCCACGGCAGGGGAGAGGCAACCCAGAGUGUCCCUAUGGGAGAUUGAACCUUUAACGACCUUCCCAAUGUAUCCUUCUCCAUUUCCUCUCAGACUAAAGAGACCAUGGCCACCAGGGCUACCCUCUCUCCAUGGCAUCAAGGAUGAUGAUUUAGGAAUGAAUUCACCACUUAUGUGGCUCCGAGGAGAUAAUGUAGACCGUGGAAUCCAAUCUCUGAACUUUCAGGGAAUCGGGGUUAAUCCUUGGAUGCAACCAAGGCUUGACGCUUCCAUGCUGGGUCUGCAGACAGACAUGUACCAAGCUAUGGCUGCUGCUGCUCUUCAGGAGAUGAGGGCUGUGGAUCCAUCCAAACAGGCACCUGCACCCCUUCUGCAUUACCAGCAACCCCAAAAUGUUGCCAGCAGGUCUUCUUGUCUAAUGCAGCCCCAGAUGUUGCAGCAAUCUCAGCCUCAACAGGCCUUUCUUCAAGGCAUGCAUGAAAACACCAACCAGGCUCAAUCUCAGACUCAGUCUCACCUUCUUCAGCAACAUUUGCAGCAUCAGCACUCAUUCAAUAAUAAUAAUAAUAAUAAUCAGCAGCAGCAGCCCGCCCCCCCGCCGCAACAACCACAACAGCAAUUGGUCGCAUCAGCGGAUCCGAGUGUCGUUUCUGCCAUCUCUCAGUUUGCUUCAGCCUCUCAAUCCCAGUCACCAUCUUUGCAAACCAUCUCUUCUCUGUGCCAACAGCAGAGCUUUUCUGACUCAACUGGUAACCCAGGGACGAGCCCAAUUAUUUCUCCCCUCCAGAGUCUUUUGAGUUCAUUCCCCCAGGAUGAGUCAUCCAACCUCCUCAACAUGCCUAGAAGCACUUCCCUUAUGCCGUCUGCUGCCUGGCUGCCCAAGCGGGUUGCGGUUGAACCUCUUCUUCCUUCUGGUGCUUCACAAUGUAUUCUGCCCCAAGUGGAACAGUUGGGACAACCCCAAACAAACAUCUCUCAGAAUUCUAUUUCACUGCCACCAUUUCCUGGUAGAGAGUGCUCCAUUGACCAAGAAGGGAGCACUGAUCCCCAGAGCCAUCUUUUGUUUGGCGUUAAUAUAGAGCCCUCAUCUUUGCUAAUGCAGAAUGGGAUGUCAGGUCUCAGGGGAGUUGGCAGUGAAAGUGAUUCAACGGCCAUACCCUUCUCUUCAUCCAAUUUUAUGAGUUCUACAGGCACCGAUUUUUCACUUAAUCCAGCAAUGACACCUUCCAGUUGCAUUGAUGAAUCUGGUUUCCUGCAGUCUCCAGAAAAUGUGGGCCAAGUAAACCCACCAACCCGAACCUUUGUUAAGGUUUACAAAUCAGGGUCCUUCGGAAGAUCACUAGAUAUCACUAAAUUCAGCAGCUACCAUGAACUGCGUGGUGAGCUUGCUCGCAUGUUUGGCCUUGAAGGCCAGUUGGAGGACCCUCGGAGAUCAGGCUGGCAGCUUGUAUUUGUUGACCGGGAGAAUGAUGUUCUUCUCCUUGGUGAUGACCCCUGGCCGGAGUUUGUAAACAGCGUGUGGUGUAUCAAGAUACUCUCACUACAGGAAGUGCAGCAGAUGGGAAAACGAGGGUUAGAGCUUCUGAACUCGGUCCCCAUACAAAGGCUCACUAGUAGCAGCUGUGAUGACUAUGCAAGCCGGCAGGACUCAAGAAAUUUGAGCACUGGGAUCACGUCUGUGGGGUCUCUUGACUACUGAACAAUUUAACAGUAAAGAUACUAUUCUCUCUUCUGUAAUAUUAGCAUCUCUUUCAAUCGCUCUCAUGUUGGGUAGGGCUGCCUAAUUCUAGCUUAAAGCUCUUAUAUUUAAGCCAAUACUGUAAUUAUAUGAUAUCUGCCUUCUCCUUUUCUAUGCUUUUGAUAUACAUACAAUACAUAUUUAUUAGGAGACUAAUGUUCUUUAAGAUCACUGUUUGUUUUUAUU